UCUGCGACUGUGUUUUGGUCCAGCCGCUCCUGUCAUGUGCUGAGACUGGCUUCUCAUAGGUUUACUAGUUUGAUUAUUUACUCUUUAAUCGUUGUUAAACUGGUCUAACUCAAUAUAAGAAGUAAAUAUAUGAUUUCUUUGAUAAAUAUAUGAUUUCUUUUCAUUUAAAUCUUGUAGAAAAUACCCCGUUUUUUCUUUCGGGUCUUGCUUUUCUUUAGUUAGCUUCCCUUAAACUCGCACCUGAUGGAACAGAAUGCCCAAACUAUUUGAUAUAACGUUUCCAGCGGGAUGUAAGACUCUGCCUGAAGGGUUCUGGUCAGCUGUGGAUGUGUGGAUACAGAAGCCUCACGUUGUCAACAAGCGCUUGUGUGGAGUCAAAGAGACAGAAAGACAAAAUGUUGACUGGAAAUCUUUAUGUGCACUGGUCACUGGACUUUCAGAUAAAGCCCUGAUGUUUCUGAACAGUGAAAGUUCACACACAGAGACGCACACGGAUGUGGAACAGUGGAGCUACAGUACCAGGACUUUUAUUCCCAAAGUAAACUGCUAUGGGACAAAACAACACAAAGAAGUUAUCAUUAAACGUAAAGACUUUCCAGAAGUGACCUUUCUUCCAUUUGAAGUGGAUGCAGACGGACAAGUGUUUUAUAAACAGAGCAACAUCUAUCAGUUCAAACUCACCGGUCAGGACAAGGAGGAGUGGUCUUUGGAGCUCCAUGUUUUGUCCCCAGGUGAGUGGUUUUCAGACGGCAUCGCUUACCCAAAACUGCCCUGGCUACACUCAGACCUGCUGCCUAAACUUGUGCGAUGGACGACUGAAUGUAAAAGCAGUGAGUUCAAAAGCACGUUGUCUCUGCUUCCUGUGGAAAAGUACAGCCUCAUGUAUCAGCGUCUGAAGGACAAGUAUAAAGCGAUGGUGAAGGUUUGGCCAGAAGUGACUGAUCCAGAGAAGUUUGUGUAUGAAGAUGUUGCUAUUGCUACAUAUCUGCUGGUGCUGUGGUCAGAGGAGAGGAGGGAGAGCGACCUCAGCGACCCCCAGGCCUUUGUCGACCUCGGCUGUGGAAACGGGCUUCUCGUCCACAUACUGACCAAUGAAGGGCACCCUGGAAAAGGCAUCGACAUUCGGAGGAGAAAGAUCUGGGACAUGUACGGCCCCCAGACUGUGCUGGAGGAAAAGGCAAUUACUCCCAGCGAGUCUUUCUUAUUCCCGAGUACGGACUGGCUGAUUGGGAACCACUCCGACGAGCUCACGCCAUGGAUCCCCGUCAUCGCUGCCAGGUCGUCUUACUCCUGCCGCUACUUCGUUCUCCCCUGUUGUUUCUUCGACUUUUAUGGGAAAUACCAGAGGCGCCAGUGCAAGAAGUCUCAGUAUAAAGAAUACAUCGACUUCAUUUCAGAGGUGAGCCGAGCGAGCGGCUUCAGCACCGAGGAGGACUGUCUGAGGAUCCCGUCCACCAAACGGGUCUGCCUCGUGGGGAAGUCACGGAACUACAGCCAAUCACGAGAGAGCGAAGCAGAGCAGCAAAGGGCGCGCUUCAUCCGGAGCCGCCAGAACGCCCCCGGGGUCGCGGUCCACGGGUCGGACGUCGGGAGUGACGAGGGCCGUUUCCAUGACGACGCCUCCCGCGGGACCCCGGCGAGCCAAUGGGGAGCCGGGUUUCAGCCCCGAGAUAAGGUUGAGAGCGUGAGGAACUGCGCCUCGCUCCCCCGGGACCUGGUCGACGGCGUCGUUCUGCGGGUCGGCCGUGCGCUCCUGGGGAUGACGGCGGGUGGCGGCGGCGGCGGCGUGGGCGCAGGUGCGGACUGGAACAGAGGAGGCAGCCUCCCUCUGAGCGAAGUGGCCGCUCUCCUGGAACAAGAAACUCUGCAGAGACUCAAGAAAGAGUGCGGAGGUCUGCAGACGCUGCUCAAGAACAACCACCAGGUCUUCAGAGUGGAAGGCGGGCGGGUGAACAUACGAGACUGGCGCGACGCGAACCCGUCCAGGGGCGUGAAGAGGAGGCCCGUCGCCCCCGGUGCCCUGAAAACUCGUCCGUGCUGGUUCCACUCACACCAUCCUCAAGGCUGCCCCCUACAGGUCGAACAGUGCGGCUUCGCCCAUGGAGCUGACGACCUCCGACCCUCCACGAGACCACUGAAGAAACAAAAGGGUGAAGACUGUUGACGACGCAUUCCUCAACGUUUAUUUUUUUAUGUUUUUUAAGGUAGUAAUAUUGAAAUGAAUGGUUGUCCUCGCUUAAAUAUAGAAUAAUGACAAACCCUGGUCUAAAUCUAAAUAAAAAAGAAAUAAAUAAGCACUUCCUCCACCCCAGACGCUUCCUUUAGCUCCUCAGGUGAGACACCAAACUGUCGUGUACUGGAUUUUCCCCAGCGCCUCCUCCUGGUGGAAC